GCAUUUUCGUAAAAAUAGCCCAUUCUAAGCGUUGUCAGGCCCUUGGUUUGGCCUAGGACAUUGCAAGGGGGGGGGGGGGGGUGUUGCAGAUUGCUCCUCAAGGCUCAAACAGUGAAUUGGAAUACCGAGUCCACUUCAACUUCCUCCGCAGGCUGAAGAUAACCACCCAUUCUAGAAAUCUGUGAGCAGCUGACAGCAGUAAUGCCAACUGUUCUGGCACUGGAUGUGUCGCUCUCUAUGAGCCGACCUGUGUUCCAGCAGGACCGCUCAGAAGAACCUCCCACUGUCCGCCAGCUGGCCAUUAAGGGCAUUCAUGCGCUGCUUAACCACAUUCACCACAACUGCAAGCUAGAAUUUGCUGCUUUGGCGGUGUACAGUUCAAUGUACGAGAUUCUCGGUUCAUUUACACGCGACUUUGACCAGCUGAAGAGCCGCCUCGCCUCGCUGGCCGAGUAUGACAAGUCGUGUGUGGAGACUGCGCUGCUCGGCGUCAAGGCGGUCGUAGCCGAGGAGUGGGGCAGCGGCACCGCCUGUCAGGUGAUAAUAAUCAGCGACGGCAGUCUGGGCGUGGGCGACUCGUCGCUGCGCCAGCUGGUGGCCGGCAGCCGGCUGCACCUGCCCUUCUCGUUCCCCUGCCGGCUGGACGUGGUGCUGCUCGGCGAGCGGGCGGAGCUGGAGCGGCGCGGUGCGCCGGCCGCCUUCCAGCGGCUGGUGGAGCUCAGUGGCGGCGAGGGCGCCGUGCACACGCCCGAGCCGCCGCUCUCCGCCAAGUCGACGCUGGCGCUGUUCCGUCGUCUGGCUGAGACCAACUACGCUCCGUUCAGCGGUGUACUCCAUUGUGGCGGACUGUCCUCGCGAGUCACGCUCUGUCCCCCGCCACAGACGUACAACCGGACACGUGACUUUGAGGCCGUGAAGCGGACGGUGUCCCCGGAACUGCGGAUCUGCGGGUUCCUCUCUGUGGCUGACGUGGCCAGUCCGCCGGCCUUCUCCCGGCACCUGGUACUCCCAGCGCCCUCAGAAUCCGGAGAUGCUCCGGGCGAGCCGUGCUCAGAGGAAGACGAGAACGCGCGCACCGCCUGCUUCUGCGUCCUUUUACAUGGCGGACUGAAGAGGGAGAACGCGGCGGCGCUGGUGAACGUCGGGGAGGACUGGUAUGGUAUCGUUUACUCGUGGGCUGAUAACAAGAAAAAGGCCAACCUCAUGCUCUCAUUGUUUGAACCAGGCACGAACGUGCUUCCCUGGCUGGGCGAUUUCACGAACCUGGGGCCCGCGGUGCCGGGCGCACCGUCGCCGUUCCCGAUCAAGGUGUCCCGUAAGCGCAGCUACCAGCAGACGUGCGUCACGUGGACGCGCCAGUCCGGCCUGCACUCAGACGUACAGAAGGUGCUCCGGCACGCCCGAAAACUGCCAGACAAGACGCAGAACUUCUACAAGGAGCUGAACCGCCUGCGGAGCGCGGCGCUCUCCUUCGGCUUCUACCAGGUACUGGAGAGCGUGGCCGUAAUCCUGGAGCGUGAGUGUACCCUCCUACCGGGCAACGCGCACCCGGACUGUGCGCUGCAGCUGACCCACGCGGCCACGGCACUGCGCCACCCCGAGCACCGGCAGCCGGGCAAACCGAUCCAGCCGCUCAGCACGCGGUUCCAGCAGGGCAGCUGAGUGGGGUGACGUGGCCGGGGCGGGGCGAACUCGGUCAGUGGGAGUACUGUGGCUGGGGAGGGCAGUGGGGCUGUCUGGAGAUGUCGCUGUGUGCGGAGGGUGGAUAACCAUGGCGCUGUUUGAUCAUGAGUGUUUGUUUUGUCUCGAGUGUGGGUGAGUUGUAUUUGUAUGUGGCGACGCUGUGAUUAGUACGUGGUUUCAUAAUUCAUAUAUCAUCACUUUGGUGGUGUAUUACGAGCAGUGUUUUUUUCAGCUUAUCCCGCAUUUUCACACAUUCAUUGCAAUAAACAUAUUUGUGCUACCCUCUGGUACAAUUAAAACGAGAAAGGCUGAGUUGUAAAUAGUGUUCAGUUAACUCUUAUUUUUAAACCCCCAGACCAUGAUUUAGAGUUUGACAACACUAAGUUUUAUUUCAAAUCAGCAUGGACAGAAGAACAGGGAAGCGGAUGCAAAUUUCCCGUCAGUUUCCACGCAAACAGACGAAAAUUCGAACUAAUUCACAAGAGGACCUGCAGCUGGCUGGAAAAAAUGUUUGCCAAGUAUCUGUUAAGAAAAAAAUGAUAUCGGACACAUCAGAAUAGAGCAUGACUUCGGGCACUCAUUCUUAGAGGACACUUGAUCCCUCGUUCUUGACGGUGCAUUUGUGGUGCUAUCUUCCCGUGCCAUUCACCGCCCGCUCAUGGUCGCGCUUCUCCUUCAGCUUGUUGAAGUACUCGAGGGCGAAGUCCAGUAGAUCAGGUGGCUGGUGGAGCAGCACGUUGAGUGUGAACUCGAGUAGAAUCUCUCGGAGCUGCGGCGGCGCCGCUUGCAGCUCCAGCCCCAUUCGGUCUGUACUGCUGCUGCUCAUUGUGGUCCUGGAACGCGGAGGCCGCCGUCGGCGUUUGGAUCAGUCAGGUGGACCAGUGGGAACAAAACUGCUUCACUCUCAGCGCUAACAUGCAAAUGGCCUCACCAUCAUCGUUAUAAUGCUGAGAGCGGCUGGCGCUCUCUGAUGUCCUUGCGCUCAAAAAUCACAAAAUACUGCCAAUACUCUCUAGCUAAAUACAAAUAAUUUAGAACAUCCUCUGGGUAAAUAUGAGGCGAUCGCUUGUCACUGAUGCUGUUCGCCCACAAAUCAUUUUGAAGUGGAAGCAACUGGCAUUUAUCGCCUUGCAACUGGCUGUACUUACCCUCAAGUGAUGUGGAGAAAAGGAAGUAUGGAUUUUAUUGAUCAAGUGAAUUAUAAGUAAUACCAGAGUUAUCUUAUUGUCGCUAUAAUUUUAUUGAGCAGCGUGUAACUUAGAAAAUUUCACAUGUUUUCGUUAGCCCUUUUGAUGAAAUUAUCAACAAA